GAAAGUUGGUUAAAGAGACAACAAGCUAGGUGAUAAGUAAAUUCAUAUUGUUUUAUUCCCUUAAGUUAGCAGCAUGUAACAUGUUACAUGGAGGCAGAGCUUUAGCUCUAACCGAAUCAAGCAAUUUUUGGAGGACAUUUAAACCCUGACUCAGGAUGUCUGUGUUACUCAGUUUUAUGGUCUCCAUAUGUUUAACCAGAGCAGGAGAAAGGAAAUUUAAAUAAGAUAGGCAAAUGUCAGAUCCAGGAUAUCUGUGUUUCCUUUACCACCAUCAAGGUAGUGUCUGUCUGGGUUAAAGGCGCCUUAGUGGUCAUAAACCUAAGAAUGCUCUUGAUCAGCUUCAGCUGUUGACACAGGAAGGGGCAUUCUCAGUUCACUGGGAAGAAAAGAUUAAUUCAGGUUUUUGGCCCUUAUUUAGGCUCAAGUGAUCUUAAAUGAUUGGCAGGGUUCAGAUCCCAUCCCCAUCAUAGAACUUGAAUCCAGGUCUACCGGGGCUCCACGGCCCGAUAUCUCUGUCCUCUGUGCCACAACCACUCCAGCUAGGUGGGAAAAUGGGGCAUAUAUGUUUUCAGAAAGGAAAACAGUGAUGAAUUAUUUCAUUUGGCCAUAUUUAAUGUAUGACGAGAAUUGCUCUAGGGAGGAGGGGUCAUUGGGAAGUAACAAUGAUUUUAAAAGAUAAAAAGAUAUCAAUAAGACAUUUAAAAGGUAAAAUAGAAAAAUAAAGUGAAUAGCAGAAUAGUUAAUUCUUGAGGAUCAUAGGUUUAGAGGGGCCUUAGAGGACUGGAUUUUCUUUUUUUUUUUAGAAGCAGUUGUGGUUAAGUGACUUGCCCAAGGUCACACAGCUAGUAUGGACUGGAUUUUCUUGAGCAGAGAGUCAUCUAAUGCAUUUCCCUCUCUCUUCUUUGCGUAGAUUUCAACCCAGAAGCAGAUCUUACAGUCUUCGAGUCUUACGUCUCUUCUUUUCUUUAAGAAAUCCCCCCAAUUUGGGUUUGAAGCUGCGAUUCCCAGGACAGAGCUUGACACAGGAUUCUCUUUCUCAGCAGACUGAAGGCGAAUCCUCCAGACGUGCUAAAGGCAGAAUGGCUCUGGUUCCCUACGACUCGGAAGGAAUAGGGAUACAGAAAUUCCAUAAACCUCAGGCCACCUAUACGUUUGCAAACCGCACGAUCCAGAUCCACCAGGACUGGAAGCAGCUGGGUGUGGCAGCGGUUGUAUGGGAUGCGGCUGUGGUGCUCUGUACUUACCUGGAGACGGGGGCUUUCAACCUUCAGGGCUGUUCUGCAGUGGAGCUAGGAGCUGGAACAGGACUAGUGGGCAUUGUGGCUGCUUUGUUGGGUGCUCAUGUGACCAUCACAGAUCGGAAGAUAGCAUUAGAAUUUCUCAAGUCCAACGUUCAAGCCAACCUGCCUCUUGAUAUACAACCGAAAGCUGUGGUUAAGGAGUUGACUUGGGGAAAAAACUUGGGGACCUUCUCCCCAGGAGAGUUCGACUUGAUCCUGGGGGCUGACAUCAUCUACCUGGAGGAGACUUUUGUGGAUCUCCUUCACACCCUGGAGCACCUGUGUAGCGACCGUGCCAUCAUCCUUCUGUCCUGCCGCAUCCGAUACGAACGGGAUCACAACUUCUUAAAGAUGCUGGCAAAGCAUUUUACUGUACAGGAGGUUCACUAUGACCUCGAGAAGGAUGUGCACAUCUAUAAAGCACACAGGAGAAGCCAUAAGGAGGACCUGUAGAGUAUAGUCACAAGUUUGCCAUAGACAUACAGUAAUAUUUCUUGUGCUAUCUCGUCAGGGGAACACAAGAUUGUGAAUCUAAUAUUGUGGCAUCGUAUGUAACUAUCUGUAUCAUUGUUGAACCAAACUCCUUAUCUGAUGAUAUCUUCUCAGGCACAUCAGAGUCAGAAGAAUGAAGUAUUUCUGUAGCAUCGGUCUUGUGAUGGGGUGCUUCUUUGGAUAGGUGCUCAGACCCAUCUGGAUAAUGUUUAGGGAUAGGGACUGGACCUAUGAUUUAUGAUUUCAAUGGCGUGACUUCAGUGGCCACUGUAAUUUAGUGGACCUAUGAUUUAUGAUUUCAGUGGUUAUGACUUCCAGGGAAGGAAACUCCCUCUACCAACAAAGGUCAAUACCUUUCCUGAAACUUAUUGUAUUACAGAGUGUCUUAGAGAACCAAGAAGGGAAGUGACCCGGCCAGUGGGUCAGAGGUGGUCCAUGAACCCAGGCUGUCCUGGCUUUUGGGACAGUUCUACAUGCCAGGCUGCCCCUCCUGUGGAUGUGGGAAGGCUGAAUGACUUAGAAUUUACUGUGAAAUGUUCAGUGUUUUAAUAUAAUAUAGAAUUUUCAUAAUGUGAAAGAGAUUUGUUUACACAUUCCCUUCUUGUCUUUGUUGGCCCUGUGUGGGUCUUUCCUACUUUUGUCUUGUGGCUGCAAUUUGUAAUUAGGACAUAAUAUACUUCUAAUUUCUAAUUUCUUUUGCAUAAAAAUAUAAUGAAAUGAUUAAAAUAAAUAUUUUUAAAUAUGAGUUUUUA